AUGCAACCAACACCUCACAAACCCUUUGAAACUAUAUCCACUCCCCAUAAUGAGCAGAUGUGAACAUUAGAGAUCAGAAAUACACCCCCAAAAACCCAAAGGGAUAACCCAACAAAAACAAAACAAAACAAAUAAGCCAAGCCAGAAACAACAGCAGCAAAAAACUAGUACUGGUUUGUUGGUUGCAGAGGACAUUGCCAUACCAGCACCCACUCCUUUCCAUCUACAGACAGACAAACUAAGAAGAACACAUUUCACAGUAAUGGCUAUGAGAAAUUGCUUUCAAGUAACCAGCAGUUCCUGCAAGGUUGGAAUCUCUGCUCACUGCACAACCCAUUCACUUGCCUCAGCAGACAAGCUCAACUUCCCAUCUUACACCAGAAGAAGAGAUUUCAACAACUCACUCGCCACCUUACCAGCUUCCAAACCAAGGAGAUCCCACUUCAUUUGCAGAGCUCAAGAAGCCCUUGACCAAGUUAAACCAGUGACGGAUAAGACAUGGGACAACCUGGUGAUAGCAUGUGACAACCCAGUCCUGGUGGAGUUCUGGGCGCCAUGGUGUGGACCAUGCCGGAUGAUAGCUCCGGUGAUCGACGAGCUUGCCAAGGAGUACGCCGGGAAGCUGUCCUGCUACAAGGUGAACACCGACGAGAACCCCAACAUUGCUAGCCAGUAUGGGAUCAGGAGCAUCCCAACUGUGCUCUUCUUCAACAAGGGCGAGAGGAAAGAGAGCAUCAUUGGUGCUGUCCCUAAGUCCACUUUGUGUAGUACUCUAGAGAAGUACAUUGAUGGUUGAGAAGAAGAACAAAAGACAAACAUAAUUUCCUCCAAUGCCCUUUUUUUUUUUUUUUUUUUUUUGCAAAUUCAACCACUUUGUUCUCCAAGUUACAGUAGUAUUAUCUGACGAUGAUGGUCUAAGACACAUGUGUAUAAACAAGCAUCUCUAUGUAUUUGGAAUGCUCCUCCUGCUGCAGCCUCAAUUUUACAGCACAAGAUACCUGAUAUAGUAUAUAGCCAACAUUUCCUUAGAAGGGUUUAUUUGGGAUUCGAGUAUUUGAUUCCUAGAAUCCAGCGAUUUCGGAG